AACUAAGUCCCGAUCUCUUUGGGAUCAAAAUAAUGGAGGUUUCUGUGAAGGACUCUGGCAUCUGGUGGCCAGAGAAGAAAUCCCUCAUAGAUUCCUCUACGUCAGUUCCUACAAUCUCCCAGCAAGACUGGAAGAAGAGGGACGAAAAAAACCAUCCGGUCCGGAGACGCUGUUGGGAUCGAUCCCAGACACAGCCUUCCUGACUUCCUCCUUACUCGGGAGGUCACAGAGGUCGACGAGGUCGACCGACUGCAGAAUGGUCGGAAAUAGGGCCGGGUCAGGCAUGACAGCGGCGCAUCUCGGACCUAUUCUCUGGCGAAGAAUCCAGAUAAUAGGUCUGUUCGGCCUCCGCAUACGCAGUCUGAGCUGCGAUAAGGCGCUGACAAAUAUCACCAAAAGUCGUCCAGUUCUACUGUUUCAAAACGCGGUGGAGCCUCCUGAGCUUCUCCUCCAGGUUACGCAUCCCAUAGUAGUGCGUAGCCUGCUGCCAAGAAGCUCUAACAAUAUCGUAGUAAGAAUGGUGGCGAACCCACAUGUUCUGGAAACGAAAGGACGCUCGUCGAGGGGAAAUAGAGAACCUACAACGAAUCAGAAAGGGGGCAUGGUCGGAUCCAAUUCGAGGAAGAUGCGUUACAACCGUGGUCGCAAACACCCUCACACUCUACCCUUGAAACCCAAUUUGUCCAGACCGACAGAUAGAUCCCGGAGGGAAGGGACAGUGAAGGAAAACUUCAAGAUGAGUGCAUUAUCAAACGACCCAGCUAGGGAAAUAACAGUGGGCUCAAGAAAACUUACCUUGAAUCUGCCCUCCUCGGAACGGGUGACGGUCCCGCUCUAUUUGUCCCGAAAGGACGCCAACGUCAGUCUUUGGUGGCCCGGUUUGACGGUGUAUGUGCCAGAAACCGCAUCUCGAAAGGAACGUGCUCCAGUAGGGCGUGGUCCUUGGGUCGCCGUGUGGGGAAGGGGGAUGACCGAACCCGGUUCUUGGACCGAGCUUCCCUCUGUCGGCCGGUCACUAUGGGCCAAUACCGGCAAAGACAUGGAGGGACCGCGGCGCAAUAGUCCAGCCGUACGCGAAGAAGUAGAGCCGUCGCCGUUGUUGGUAGAAAUGGACGGUCUGGCCUCUGCAGUGGAGGUAACAAGGCCUGUCCCAAAAGAUUCCGGCAAGGUUUCACCCGCCGAGAUGGAGAGAGGGGCC